ACACCGCCACCGUGCGGGUACGGGUAAGCGCCUCAACGCGACAUCCUACACCACCAACGCCACUCACUCAGGCACCUCAACAAAAGGGAAAGAAGGACUCAGGAGACAAAAGGAGCACAACCAACAACUUGGCUGAGCCACAUUGGCACAGUGCAGCACACACAACCAACGCCACUCCCCGCAAAUCACCAUCAAAGUAUGAAAUACAAUUACGUUUUCUAUUACCUCGCAUGGAGGGUCUGUGUCGGUUGCGCAGCAGACACCCCACGCUAACUGUUACAUCUCGGCUCCCACACGAGGGGCAAUCCGACACUCUGGCACCAUCACCGGCAGGCUGCAUGCAUGAAAUUGUACCUGCAGCAACUCACCACAGACAAUACUACAUCUUUCCAAAGGAUGAUGUUUAA